UGAGGGGCGGGCAGGGUGGAGGCCGCCCGCGGCCCAGCUGAGAGCCGGGGACAGGGAGUCCCGCGGAGUAGGCCCGGCCGCUUUCUGCGCCUCGGUUGGGGUCCAGGGGCCGGCGCUGGGAGCGGAGCGUGCGGGCCGAGGAGCGCAGAGGCAGCAGACAAAUACUGAGCUUCAUCACCAUGCCUGCCCUGGCAACAGAACCUACAGUCUUCUUGAUUUCCCACAGAAAAAGCUUGUGACUCCCAGUUCCUUCUGAAGAAUGAGCAGUGUCUGUGCCCUGGCCUUACUAACGUGGCUGUGCAGGGUCACUAACAGUACCUGCAACUCUAGUUGCUACUGUUUUGCAAUUGUAACUGAAAAGAAAAGUUAAAUGUCUUCAGAAGAUAAGGAAGCUCAGGAGGAUGAGCUGCUGGCUCUAGCUAGUAUUUAUGAUGAAGAUGAAUUUAAGAGGGCAGACUCUGCCCAAGGAGGAGAAACAAGAAUUUGUCUGGAGUUGCCCCAAAACUUCAAAAUAUUUGUGAGUGGAAGUCCCACAGAGUGUCUCCAGAACAAUGGAUUUGAAUACACAAUUUGCUUUCUGCCUCCACUUGUAUUGAAUUUUGAACUCCCACCAGAUUACCCAUCAGCCUCUUCGCCUGUGUUCACACUCAGCAGCAAGUGGCUCUCCCAGACCCAGCUUACUGCACUUUGCAAGCACUUAGACAACUUGUGGGAAGAGAACCGAGGCUGUGUGGUCUUGUUUGCCUGGAUGCAGUUUCUUAAGGAAGAAACACUAGCUUACCUGAACAUCACCUCCCCUUAUGAACUAAAAAUGUGCCAUCAAGAAAAUGGGCAGAGCAGGACAUCUCUGUUUCCUCUGAACUCUGAGCUGGAUGGUUGUGGCGCAGCAGGUGCUGCAACAGCACAAGAAGAAAUCCUUGAUGAAAGAGCUGUACAGGAUGUGGAGUCUCUGUCAAGUCUGAUAAGGGAAAUCUUGGAUUUUGAUCAGGCUCAGCAGAAAAAAUGCUUUAACAGUAAGAUGUUCUUGUGCAGCAUCUGCUUUUCUGAGAAGCUGGGUAGUGAAUGUAUGUACUUCAUGGAGUGCAGGCAUAUAUACUGCAAAUCCUGUUUAAAGGACUACUUCGAAAUUCAGAUCAGGGAUGGUCAGGUCCACUGCCUCAGCUGUCCAGAACCAAAGUGUUCUUCUGUUGCUACUCCUGGCCAGGUUAAGGAACUGGUUGGAGAGGAGUUGUUUGCACGUUAUGACCGCCUACUUCUGCAGUCCAGCUUGGACUUGAUGGCAGACGUGGUAUAUUGUCCUCGUCCAUGCUGUCAGACUCCAGUGAUGCAAGAGCCAGGUUGCACCAUGGGCAUAUGUUCCAGUUGCAACUAUGCCUUCUGUACCCUCUGUAAAAUGACUUAUCAUGGAGUCUCUCCAUGUAAAGUCACUGCAGAAAAGCUAAUGGAUUUGCGUAAUGAGUACCAAGAAGCAGAUGAGGCCACUAAAAUAUUUUUGGAGCAGCGCUAUGGCAAAAGAGUGAUUCAGAAAGCCCUCGAGGAGAUGGAAAGUAAAGAGUGGCUAGAAAAGAACUCAAAGGCCUGCCCUUGUUGUGGCACUCCUAUAGAGAAACUAGAUGGUUGUAACAAGAUGACAUGCACUGGCUGCAGGCAGUACUUCUGCUGGCUUUGUAUGGGUUCUCUGUCUAGGGUGAACCCAUAUAGGCACUUCAAUGAUGCAUCCUCCCCAUGCUUUAACCGGUUGUUUCAAGCUAUGAAUGUUGAUGGUGACUUCUGGGAUGCUGAAGAUGAAGACUAGUUAUGUUCUGUAUCACCUAAAGCUGAAGAAACCAGAAAUGAAUCUUUUCUGCUUAUGUCAAGUUUGUUUGCUUUCAUAUGAUGAGUGGUAACACUUCACACUGCAGGCUGCUCACACAACCAUUUGGAUGGUAUUGCCACAAACAGAAGAGACCAUUUCCCUCCUCUUCUAAUGGUUUAGGUCCCUCAUGUACAUGUCCAGUACUAAAUAGAGGGAACAAACUGUCAUCCGAAGGCUUAAAAAAUAGUUGAGAAAACUCUAAAUACCAUAAUGUGCCCCUUUUUCUGAAACACGUCCUAGAAAUUUCUGUUUGGGAAUUUCUCCAGGAAGUUUGGCCUUGCAAGGAUCUCUGGAUUCCAUCCUGCAUACUUUGCAGUAAUCUUUCCUAUCGCUGAGGUGGGCUAGAUGUGCUCUCCCUGGAGCCCUUUGGUAAGCUUCUUGUGUCCAUUGCAGGAAGACUCAUUAAACAUAGCAUAAGAAUUUCUCCCCUCUCUCAGAGACUGAGCCAGUUGCUUUCAUAGCAUUUCCUGACCUGGAUCCAAACAGAUUUUUCUGUGGUGGCUCACUGCUCUAACCCUGACACACUUCACUGGGGUGGUAGAGGUUUAUAAAUUGCAGAAUUUUUGCCCCCCAUUCCUUCUCCUCCUGUCCUUCCACCACCACAGAGUAGAUCUAAUGCCUGGGUCCUGUGUAGACAAUUACUGACAAACAUUUCCUGUUUUCAUAACUCUCACUUUUUUUGAUUCAGUUUCAGUAAUUAAUUUCCAUGUUGCUAUCAUAUCUUAACAGGGAAGGAAUUUAUAUGGUCUGGUGAUUAUUUUCAUAAUGAUGGAUAUUAAAACAGUCUGUGUGCCCAAUCUGUAAAAUUCUGUGCAGUGUUUCUUGACUCAGAUAUUAAUGAGGUGCUUAAAUUAAAAAAAAAAAAAAAGCGACCUGAGACACCGAACUGAAAUUUUACAGGUACACAGUCAAUUGUGACUUGAAUCCCCUAACUGCAUAUUUUUCCUUCCCAAUUUCUAGUUAUUAAAAUUUGUGAAAUUAAGUCCUUUGGCCAAAGACCUCUAGAUAAAUGGCCGGGACUAAUGUGCGGCCUUUCAUCUGAACUAGCUCACUCAUUCACGCUGUCGUCAUACUUCAAAAUAAGUUAUUGGAAAAACAAAUCUCCCUCCCUGUAGUUUUACAAACAGUCUCAAAUAUGAGAACAGUGCUUGGAUUACAUUUUUAGAAAUACUUUUCAUCUAUAAGAUGGGCUAGAAAACAGCUGCUUUGACUUUUUAAUGAGAAAUAUACCUUGUUCAAAAUAAGACAGCAGGGCCUGAAUGGCUCAGGAGCUAGGUAAUGAUACAGAAAGUCAAGGUCAACUCUUGAUAUGCUGCUUUGGUUGUUAGUAAAUAAAUCUUUACUCAGAUGUCUGUUUAGCUGAAUUGAGUAAAUAGUUUUAGGCCAUUUCUGGAAGGGACAAAGAUUCCUGUUACACAACUCACUAUCAUGCAUGGUAGCCUGAGAGAGAUCAAAGAUAGAAUAUGCAUGGAGACAGAUUCCCCUUGCCUGGAAUUGGUCCACCUUAAUCUUGGUUGAGGCGGGUAGGGGAAGCUUGACUACUCCUGUGUGUGGAUUGUUUAAUUUGCAUUCCAGCACCUUUCACAUGCACUAACUUCACCUUUUUAAAAGUAAACUCAAUUGUCUUCACAGUUGUGUCCAUUAUGGGAUGUAUAUCAGCGCAUAGAAAGUCACUCUAUGGAAUAUAUUAUUAUUCUGCUUCUGGGCAGCAACUGUGAUGAUCACUUCAGCUGGUAAAUUAGCUUAGCUGUUUGUAGUAAUCAUGUAUAUUAAAAUGGUAGUGUCUACCCCUGGUGCAUACCAUGCAAAGUGUUUGCUAGCUCUGUAUUCUUUUGCUCUAACUGUUUAAAUACAAUGAUCAAGAAUUCAAACCCUAAAGUUAAUUCAGGUGGAGGUUUCCUAUUUAAGCACUGUUUCUGGAAUGUGCUUGUUUACAAUUCAGAAUGUUUUUUUAAAAACUCAUCCUGUGGCAUAUCAAGUAUUUGCAGGGAAGGAUUAUGCAUAUAGACUGGAUAAAGUGUCUGCCUCCUAAUCUCUCUCAAUCUAACUUUUAGUUUGCAAAGCAUUAUUUGCAGAAAUAGCUAUGAGAUGUUAUGCAGUAAAGAGGCUGGUAAGUUUUUAUCCUUUAAAAUAAUGUUUUAAUGGUUCAAACGAGCCUUGUUCCCUCAGUUUUGUAAAAAGGAUGUAAAUCUAUAUUACCACGAUGAAUGUAAGAUGGAGAUGAAUAAAUGUUAAUUUAAAAAUGUC